CGGAAGUGCUGAGCUGUCGCCGUUACAGGACUGCUUCACAGCGCCCGGAAGAGACGUGGCGUCCACGGCUGUGUGCCCUGUGCCGCUAUGUGAUUGGCCCGGGCUGUGUACACCGUGCAUAGAGUUGUACUCGCGGUUGGGGAGAGGAUGCACAGGAGACGACUGGCUGUUCGUGCUUUUGCCCCGGUGCUGGUUGUCUUGUACGGUGUGUUCUGGGUGUGCAGCGGAGGGAGGACGCUACCGCCUCUCAGCGAUGACAUCCCAUUCCGCCUCAACUGGCCCGGACCGGACUUCUCUCUGCCAACCACAGGAAUACCCUACAAAGAAGACAAUUACAUCAUUAUGACAACAGCUGAUAAAGAGAAAUACAAGUGUCUUCUUCCACUUACUGCCAGUGACAACCAGGAAGAAGAAAGAGACUAUAAAGGUCCGACUCCUGGAGAACUUUUAGAUCCUCUCUUCAAGCAAACCAGCUGUUCCUACAGGAUUGAAUCCUACUGGACAUAUGAGGUGUGCCAUGGAAAACAUAUUCGGCAGUACCAUGAGGAGAAAGAAGCAGGACAGCAAGCUAAUAUUCAAGAAUAUUAUCUUGGAAACAUGAUGAAAAAAAGCUCAGUUGACACAGGUGAUAAACCAGAGGAAGGAGAAAAGGCUGGAAUUCCUAAAAAUAUUCCAUCCAAAAACAUUGAAGGACAGAUGACACCAUAUUACCCUGUCGAAAUGGGGAAUGGAACACCAUGCAGCUUGAAACAGAACCAACCCCGAGUUACAACAGUAAUGUACAUAUGUCACCCGGAUGCCAAACAUGAGAUUCUGUCUGUAGCCGAAGUCAUCACAUGUGAAUAUGAAGUUGUUAUACUGACUCCUCUUCUCUGCACCCACCCAAAGUACAGGUUUAAAACCUCUCCUAUAAAUGACAUCUUUUGCCAGUCGAUGCCAGGAUCACCACUAAGGCCACAAAGCUUAGAGAAACUUGAACAGCAGCGGGAGAUGAUCAGGGCACCAUUUAAGCCAAACAAAGAGGAAGAGCGGCAGGUAUUAAAGGACAAGUUCUCCACCAUCCAUAAGCCGGUGACAGUGGGUUCUCAGCAGCAAGUCACUGUAGGGACCACACACAUCUCCAAGCUGACCGAUGAGCAACUAAUCAAAGAGUUUCUCACAGGAUCGUACUGUUUUCAUGGUGGUGUUGGAUGGUGGAAAUAUGAAUUCUGUUAUGGAAAAUACGUCCACCAGUAUCAUGAGGAUAAGGACACUGGCAGGACAACCCUUGUUGUUGGUACAUGGAAAGAAGAAGAACAUUUAGAAUGGGCCAAGAAAAAUGUGGCAAGGUUGCACCAUCCGCCUGAGGAGGGCGUGCAAACUGUGAGAAUGGUGUCACAUUUCUAUGGAGGUGGAGAUAUCUGUGAGCUGACAAAUAAGCCUAGACAGGUGAUAGUUAAACUAAAGUGUAAAGAGUCUGAGUCUCCACAUGCUGUCACUGUGUAUAUGCUCGAACCACAGACUUGUCAGUACGUACUUGGAGUGGAAUCCCCGGUAAUAUGUAAGAUUCUUGAUACAGCUGAUGAAAAUGGGCUCCUCUCGAUUCCCAACUGAGACACAGAAUGAAGAUAUUGGUUUUGUCGGGACCUGUAAUUCUUCAGCGGGAUCAAGUGUACAAACCUUCAAAGACCACUUGUGUAUAUGUAUUUGUGUAUAUAUUGGAUAAUACAGAUUUUAAAUACAAUAAUCUAUUUGUA